CGAGUCCUGUCAGAACUUCUACAAAGACUUCACGCUACAGAUCGACAUGGCUUUCAACGUCUUCUUCCUCUUGUACUUUGGUCUGCGGUUCAUAGCGGCCAAUGACAAGCUGUGGUUCUGGCUGGAGGUGAACUCAGUGGUGGACUUCUUCACUGUUCCCCCGGUGUUCGUGUCCGUCUAUCUCAACAGGAGCUGGCUUGGCUUACGGUUUUUAAGGGCCUUAAGAUUGAUACAGUUCUCAGAAAUCUUACAGUUUUUGAAUAUAUUAAAAACAAGCAAUUCCAUAAAACUGGUGAACUUGUGUUCAAUCUUCAUAAGCACAUGGCUAACAGCUGCAGGCUUCAUACAUUUGGUGGAAAACUCAGGGGAUCCUUGGGAAAACUUCCAAAAUUCCCAGUCACUUUCCUACUGGGAAUGUGUCUACUUACUGAUGGUUACCAUGUCCACUGUGGGCUAUGGAGACGUGUACGCCAAAACUACCCUGGGACGACUUUUCAUGGUGUUCUUCAUCCUCGGUGGUUUGGCCAUGUUUGCGAGCUACGUCCCUGAAAUCAUAGAGUUAAUAGGAAACCGCAAGAAAUAUGGUGGUUCCUAUAGUGCUGUUAAUGGGAGAAAGCACAUCGUGGUCUGUGGUCAUAUUACCCUUGAAAGUGUGUCCAACUUCCUAAAAGACUUCCUACACAAGGACAGGGAUGAUGUCAAUGUAGAAAUUGUUUUUCUCCAUAAUAUUUCCCCUAAUCUUGAGCUGGAAGCCUUGUUUAAACGGCACUUCACCCAGGUGGAGUUCUACCAGGGAUCUGUUCUCAACCCACACGACCUGGCCAGAGUCAAGAUAGAGUCAGCAGAUGCCUGUUUGAUCCUAGCUAAUAAAUACUGUGCAGACCCUGAUGCUGAGGAUGCUUCCAACAUCAUGAGGGUGAUAUCCAUCAAGAACUACCACCCGAAGAUCAGAAUCAUUACCCAGAUGUUGCAGUACCACAACAAGGCCCAUCUUUUGAACAUUCCCAGUUGGAACUGGAAGGAGGGUGAUGAUGCCAUUUGCCUUGCUGAGCUGAAGCUGGGCUUCAUCGCACAGAGCUGUCUGGCUCAGGGCCUCUCCACCAUGCUGGCCAACCUCUUCUCCAUGAGGUCCUUUAUCAAGAUUGAAGAGGACACGUGGCAGAAGUAUUACCUGGAAGGAGUAGCCAAUGAAAUGUAUACUGAGUACCUGUCUAGUGCCUUUGUGGGCUUAUCCUUCCCCACCAUUUGUGAACUCUGCUAUGUGAAGCUAAAGCUGCUACUGAUCGCUAUCGAGUACAAGUCUGAUAUACGGGAAAGCAGCACUCUCAUCAACCCUGGGAACCAUGUGAAGAUGCAGGAAGGAACCUUGGGGUUCUUUAUCGCCAGCGAUGCCAAAGAAGUUAAGAGGGCACUUUUCUACUGCAAAGCUUGCCACGAUGACAUCACAGAUCCCAAAAGGAUAAAGAAAUGUGGAUGCAAACGAUCAAAAAAUAACUAUAACGGAUAUAUCAAAUCAAUGGAAGAGGAGCAGCAGUCAGCUGUUUCGCCUAAAAAGAAACAAGGCAAUGGAAACACAAGGAACUCACCCAACAGUUCACCAAAAAUGAUGAGGCAUGACCCACUCCUCAUGCCGGGGAACGAACAGAUUGAAAACAUGGACGUGAACGUGAAGAAGUACGACUCCACAGGGAUGUUCCACUGGUGCCAGUCCAAAGACAUUGAGAAGGUCAUCUUGACCCGGAGCGAAGCUGCCAUGACUGUUCUAAGCGGCCACGUGGUCGUCUGUAUAUUUGGAGACGCAAAGUCUGCUUUGGUGGGCCUUAGGAACCUUGUGAUGCCUCUGAGAGCUAGCAACUUCCACUACCACGAGCUGAAACCCAUCGUGUUUGUGGGUUCUCUGGAGUACCUGAAGAGGGAAUGGGAGACCCUUCACAACUUCCCCAAAGUCUCCAUCUUACCUGGCACACCAUUAAGCCGGGCCGAUCUGAGGGCCGUCAAUAUCAACCUCUGUGACAUGUGUGUCAUCCUGUCGGCCAAUCAGAGCAAUAUCGACGACGCUUCACUGCAGGAUAAGGAAUGCAUCCUGGCGUCACUCAACAUCAAGUCUAUGCAGUUUGACGACAGCAUCGGGGUGUUACAGGCUACCUCCCAAGGUUUCACCCUGCCAGGCAUGGACAGGUCCUCUCCUGAAAACAGUCCAGUUCAUGGGGGGUUGGUACGACAGGCUUCCAUCACAACAGGAGCCAACGUCCCCAUCAUCACUGAACUAGCACCGUUAGUAAAACCAGCAGGCAAAGUCGUACCUGUGAUUUCAUUCAGUCAGGAUACAAGCAGUGGGAUCAACAUACACAUAAUAACAGAACUGGUGAACGACUCCAAUGUUCAGUUCCUGGACCAGGAUGAUGACGACGAUCCUGACACAGAGUUGUACCUCACUCAGCCCUUCGCCUGUGGGACGGCUUUCGCAGUCAGCGUGCUGGAUUCCCUGAUGAGUGCUACAUACUUCAACGAUAAUAUCCUCACCCUGAUCCGGACGCUGGUAACAGGGGGGGCCACUCCGGAGCUGGAGGGUCUGUUGGCGGAGGAGAACGCAUUACGAGGAGGCUACAGCACGCCGCAGACCCUCGCUAACCGGGACAGGUGUCGUGUUGCACAGCUAGCCUUGUACGACGGGCCUUUCGCUGACUUGGGGGAUGGCGGUUGCUACGGUGACUUGUUUUGUAAAGCGUUAAAAACAUACAACAUGCUUUGCUUCGGAAUUUACCGAUUGAGGGACGCCCAUCUAAACACACAAAGUCAUACAAGUCAAUGCACUAAACGAUAUGUAAUAACCAACCCACCGUAUGGUUUUGAGCUGGUGCCAUCAGACCUGAUCUUCUGCCUGAUGCAGUUUGACCACAACGCGGGUCAGUCCCAGGCCAGCCUCACCCAUAGCUCCCACUCCUCCCAUUCCUCCAGCAAAAAGAGCUCCUCCGUCCAUUCCAUCCCCGCCACCAACCGCACCAACCGCGCCAAGAGCAGGGACUCACGGGAUAAACAAAAAAAAGACAUGCUUUACAGAUGAGCCUGAGAACGCAGCCUACCCCAGGAAGUCACACUAUAGUCACACAGCCAACCCCCAGGUCAACCCCCAGGUCAACCCCCAGGUCAACCACCAGGUUAACCACCAGGUCAACCAGAACCCUUACAAAUCCACCAACAACCUCAGCCCAUCCAUCAGAGAGGUGGAGGAUGAAUACUGAACUAUAGAACCCUAUGUUGACACCUACAGUAGAACCCACCUGGAGAACACCUGGAACUAGAACCCAAGAACAGCUAGAACCCACCUGCAGAACACCUGGAACUGGAACCCAAAAACAGCUAGAACCCACCUACAGAACACCUGGAACUAAAAUCCAAGAACAGCUAGAACCCACCUACAGAACACCUGGAACUAAAACCCAAGAACAGCUAGAACCCACCUACAGAACGCAUGAAACUAGAACCCAAGAACAGAUGGAACCCACCUAGAGAACGCAUGAAACUAGAACCCUGAUCCAGUGGAACUGGAAUCUGAAGAACACUUUAAAGCUAGAAUCCUUAGUUGCUACAUCAAUUUAUGGACUUAUAAAUGAAUGAUCAAAACAUCAAUGCUGCAUAAUAAACCUCACGGAAAAGUGCAUAUGUACAGUAGCUACAGUAACAUCAUAUCAGCAGGCUUUUUGACAUGUUUUUAUACAUAUGAAUAUAUAAAUGAAGUAAUAGACAUAUACAUACAAUCAGAUGUCAAUCAAAUGUACAGUCAGUCAGUCACUAAUGCUAACACUCAGCCAUGUAGUUUGCACAGCCAGUUGCUUAGUGACCAGACUGAGGGUCGCUUCAGUCAGAGUAGCAAAGCAACGUAAUGCAAGAUAACAUACGAUGAAGCAUUAUAAUAGAGUGUUAUCAAACUGGACUGAUUAUUUGCCAAUAAAAACCAUAUACAUUGUUGACUUUCAUUUGUACAAUGAUAUUUCAAGACUGACGCUUAUCGACUGACGUAUCCAGUAUUGUUUGCUUCCAUGGGUUUUUGGCAAACCUGGUAAGAUCCAAUACAAAACAAAGGCAUAUGAUAUGACGGCCUUUUCUGUUAAACGCAGUCCCACACAAAUUAUAUUAUUAGCGGAUCAUUUGUGGAUCGUCAUUGGAUGAGAGUAAAGUCACCAUCCUAUAUUUGUGGUUCAUAGUCAGAGUUCAUUUCAGAAUGGUACAUGGUAUUGUUUGGCCCCAGACUUAUUUCGAUAGGCCAGUUUGUUUGUGUGACAGUAUGAUUGCUGCCUUUUUAGUUUUGAUAUCAAAUCCCAAACAACCUGCGAAUGUUCGCUGUAUAUAUAUAGGAAAUAUGUGAUGUGGGUGGAAUGACACUGGA